AUGACCGGUUCAUCUACGAAACAUCACCCAAACGUUUUUAAUGGAUACGGUCUAUUCGGUGAAGAUCAUUGCUUUAAAGCUUGUGGUACAGAGGAAUUCAUCAAAAUGGCACAGAAAGCCUCCUCAUUGAUCUCCACAUCCGAGAACUGUGUUUUAAUAUUGACGGGCUUGAUGGUCAUCUCGGCAUUCGCUGUCGGUGUCUGGGGAUUGGCGUUUCUGUUCUUAAAGAACUUGGAGCGAAGAGAUCGUGUCCAUUACUAUCGCGUGAAGCGAUCUCAAUCUUUGGAUCGUUUCUCAUCUGCACAUCUAAUCAUCAACAAAACGCAAUCAAGU